AUGACUGAGGAAAUCAAGCAGCUUGAUAGCAGUAACACGACAAAAACUACCACAAGUAAUUUUUUGCCAGCUGAAAAUCAUCACCAGGAUGUUGAAGUUACAAAAAAUAAACCUGAUAAUAAAAAAGAAAAAUGUAAACCCAUGACCAAGGUCGUAAUCAGAAGACUUCCACCGUUGAUGAACCAGGCACAGUUUAUUGAGCAAAUAUCCCCGUUACCUGACAAUGACUACCUUCAUUUUGUAAAAGCUGAUACUUCUUUGGGGCAAAAUUCAUUCUCACGUGCUUACAUAAAUUUCAUUGACCAGCAGGACAUUUUUGUUUUCCGGGAAAAAUUUGAUAACUAUGUGUUCGUUGACGCCAAGGGUGUCGAGUACCCAGCAGUUGUGGAAUUUGCGCCAUUUCAGAGACUGCCAAAGAAACGAGUUGGUAGAAAAAAGGAUCCCAAGUGCGGAACUAUUGAGACAGACACUUAUUAUAUUAAUUUUCUGGAGAGUUUGAAGAACCAGGAGGCUGAUGCUGCUGUACCACAACCUAAAACUGAAUAUUCUUAUCAGCCAUUUGAUAAUACACAAAAAAAAGUUACGACCACACCAUUGCUGGAAUAUUUAAAACAACGUAAAGCAGAAAAGCAGAGAGUUAAAGAUGAAAAACGUGAGGAAAGACGUCGACAAAAAAUAUCACCAAAAGAAGUAAAAAAUCGUAAAAGAGAAGACAUGAAGCGUGACAAAGUUUUAGCAUCCCGUGAUCGAGAUCCAAAGCCUUUAGGAAAAAGUUACCGUGAUCGUGAAGAUAAAAAACACGAUAGAGAUAAUAAGCCGGCGAAUAAAAAAUAUGAAGACAAAAAACCAUACAGAAGAGAUGAUUAUGCUAAAGAAGACAGGCGAGAAGCUAAAAGUUCUCGGGAAGAGUCUGGUUUUUACCAGAAAGACAAGUCAGUCGAAGAAAAGAAAGGCAAGAGUUAUGAAAAAAUGCGACAGGAAAAGCGACGAGCUGCUGAAGCUAAAAAAGACGAAGAUUUGCCGAAGGAAAAGCCCAGAGAUAAUCCUGAAAAAAGUGAAACCAAAAAUGACCAAGUUGUUUUACCAAUUAAGAUUGUAUGUAAUGACGAAAGUAAAGACUGUGAAGCCUUAUUGUCUAACGAAUUGCCGGAUGAUUCGCAAGACGAUAAAGAAGCUUCUGCUAAACUUGAAGAAACUUUUAAAAUUGAGAGCGUCAAAAAGAGUUUUAGCAAGGCGUACAAAAUGAAGGUUGUGAAAAGACGAAGUUCUUUGGAAAGUGGAGGAGGCGGAGGCGGUGGAGAUGGUGCUUUCCUCCGGAGACACAAAUCGCUGGACGGUGGAGAGGAGGAUAACUUACAGAAAAAUGACAGUGACUACAAAGGCAAAAGCAAAAAAGAUCCACGUCUAGAACGUCGAAUUAGAAACAAAGACCGUCCUGCUAUGGAAAUCUAUCGACCGGGAAUGGGUAAAUUUAGUAAGCAACGAUUAGAACGUGAGAAAUCUAAUCACGACGAUCGUGCUUCGUUGUCAGAAAGUCCUACGCCUGGAAAAGGAUCCAAAAAAUCCGGCGAAAUUUCUGUGCGAAGUGUUCACGGAAAGAACAAUAACUCACUUCAAUAUCCUUCAAAGAGUUUUGAGAGUUUUGGACUGUACUCCGUGGUUUUCAAUUUAACCGAGAACAAAAAGUACCGUAGCAUGAAAAAAUCACCAAGCGGCUCUAUUAAUCCCAACAGUACUCCAACAAAUUCGGAGGCGACUGGAGGAGUUAAAAGAAGAGAGCCGAUAUACAAGCCAAGUCAGGAGGAGGAGGCUGCAAAAAAAGAAUCUGCUCCGAAGAAAUUUUUUAAAUACCGGGUGUUUGAAGUGAGUCCGGACAGAAGACCAGUUCCAAAACCAAGAAAGUAG